UCUUUCACUUCGCCGUGUCGCGAGGGUUUGCAUCGUAGCGAGGUAAGUGAAUUCCGGGGCGGCGCCGGCUAGAUCACGCGCACUGCUCGCGAGAUCUCUCGCGAGAGCAUCGAUUCGCGAUCGUCGGGAGGCAGCAAGAUUUAGGGAUGAGCGAGCUCUCAGGUAGAUUUGCUUGAGCUCGGGAACAAAAGAGUGAAAGAACAGCAAAGAAAAAGGAUAAUGCCGUCGGUCUGGGCGGAUUCGGUCGAGGCGGAGGCCGCGGCAAAUCCUCCUCCGCCUCCUCCGAUCGUAGCAAAUUCCGGUGGAUCGUCCGGAGCUCCAGGGCGGCCCAAUCGAUCCACCUAUGUUCCUCCACACUUGAGGAACCGGGGAGGACAAGGUGGUGGCGGCGGUGGUGGUGGUGGUGCCACCACCGUGACUCCAGAGCCAGCGCCACCGAUGAAACAGCAGCAGCAGCAGCAUCAGCAUCAGCAUCACAACGCUGCUAUGCCGCAGUCACCACACUUUCAUGGAGCUUCUCCGCGAUUUGGAUCAAACGCUCAGCACCAGCAGUACCAGCAUCACCCCCACCAAUACCAGCAGUAUGCCGGACCACCCCACCACGGCUAUGGCUACCACCAGCAGCAGUACCACAGCAAUCCUGGAACUCCUCGGUCGGGUGGUAACUGGGCUCCUCCAUCGCCAUCCUUUGCGAAAGGAUGGGAGAAUCCCGGGUACGCCAAUGGACGGAGCUGGGGUGGUGGUGGAGGUGGUCGAAGGGAUAGAGAAGUGAAUCCUUUUGCCGAGGAAGAGGCUAGCGAGGUCAUCUUCAACAACGAGAACACUGGCAUCAACUUCGACGCUUACGACGACAUCCCGGUGGAGGCCAGCGGCGAGAACAUACCUCCUGCGAUCACCAGCUUUGCGGACGUGGACCUGGGGCCGGUGCUCAACGAGAACAUCAGGAGGUGUAAGUUCGUCAAGCCGACGCCGGUGCAAAAGCAUGCCAUUCCAAUAUCUUUGCAUGGGAGGGAUUUGAUGGCUUGCGCACAGACAGGAUCGGGAAAGACCGCGGCUUUUUGCUUCCCGAUCAUUGCCGGGAUUCUCUGGAACUUCCCGCCGGGAUCUCGACAUGCUCGUGGAAGCAGGAAGGCGUUUCCGCUGGCUUUGAUACUGUCACCCACGCGUGAGCUAUCUAGUCAGAUUCACGAUGAAGCGAAGAAGUUUGCGUACCAAACAGGAGUGAAAGUGGUUGUCAUUUACGGGGGUACUUCGGUCCAGUCACAGUUGAAAGAGCUAGAAAGGGGGGUGGAUAUCCUGGUGGCAACUCCAGGUCGCCUGGACGACCUUAUGCAACGGGGCAGGAUUUCUCUGUCCUUGGUCCGGUAUCUGGCAUUGGACGAGGCAGACCGGAUGCUUGAUAUGGGUUUUGAGCCACAAAUCCGGAAGAUUGUGGAAAACACCGACAUGCCACCGCCCGGCCAACGUCAAACGAUGCUUUUCAGUGCUACAUUCCCACGCGAGAUCCAGAGACUCGCGGCUGACUUUCUCUACAAUUACAUUUUUCUUGCUGUGGGAAGGGUAGGCUCCAGCACUGACCUGAUCGUCCAGAGGGUCGAGUACGUCCACGACGUGGAUAAGCGGAGCAUGUUAAUGGACAUGAUACACGCUCAGAAACCAAACGGAUUGAAUGGACAGCUUCCGUUGAUACUAGUGUUUGUCGAAACAAAGCGAGGUGCUGAUUCUUUGGAGGACUGGUUGAUCCAGAUGGGAAUCUCCGCCACCACCAUUCAUGGAGAUCGGACUCAAGUGGAGCGUGAGCACGCGUUGCGGUCGUUUCGAACCGGGGUGACUCCGAUUCUAGUCGCCACCGACGUUGCGGCUCGCGGCCUCGACAUCCCUCACGUCGCCCACGUCAUAAACUACGAUCUCCCGAGCGACAUCGACGACUACGUCCACCGCAUUGGCCGGACAGGAAGAGCAGGCAAGAGUGGCUUUGCGACCGCGUUCUUCACCGACAAGGAUACGUCGCUGGCGAGGCCGCUGGUGGAUCUAAUGCAAGAGGCCAACCAGCAAGUCCCCGAGUGGCUGGCAAGUUGCGCUGCACACUCGAACUUUGGCAGGAGUCAUCGGUCGGGGUCGAGGUUUGGCGGCAGGGACUAUCGAAAGAAAGGUGGAAGAGGUGGUGGUGGUCAUGGUUACGGGCAUGGUCACGGCCACGGGUAUGGGGGUCACGGUGGACACGGUCAUGGUUACGGUGGUGGACAUCACGGGGCUUCUAGUGCCUGGGACGAGAGCUGAGAGACAGGAGAAGAAGGAUUAGAUUUUUGGUGCGCGCGGGACGGUAGCGUCAGUGGAGUGGAAGGUAGUGAAGCAGAACUAAUAUACGUUUUGAUCUCGGCAGCCAAAAGGUUUGAUUGAUAGGAGAAGAGGACGGCAAAAUAAUCUGGCAAAGUUGUGUGUAGACUGGAAAUGAAAGAGCUCUUUUUUCUUCGACGUCCUCUA